AUGGAGACGACACUGAGUGUGGACGGAAACGAGCCAGCGACUUCCGUCAUCACAGAUGGAAGUAUGCUGGUUGAAAAAUCUGUUGAUUUGGUUGUGAAAUCAUGCCAUAGUGAUUUCACCACUUCGUUCGCUGCCAUGGUGGUACCAAGCAUCACUGACUACAAGCCAAAAAUAAAUCUCGAUGCCUCCAACUGGAAUAUGCCCAAGAACAUUCAAUUAGCAGACCCUGCAUUUAACAAGCCGGAUCAUAUCGACAUGUUAAUUGGUGCCGAAUUGUUUUUCAAUCUGAUGUCAGUGGGGCAAAUAAAAAUUGGUGUCAACCUCCCUGUUUUACAAAAAACAUUAUUCGGCUGGGUCGUAGCAGGUGGUAGUUUUCAGCCAUGUAAGUCCUGGUCACUUGCUGUGUCGUAUUCCGAGCUUGAGGAAGAAGAAGAGAAGCUUUCAACCGUCGUCAAAUCCUUUUGGGAAAUCGAGACCAACUUUGUUUAUGAUGAAUCCAGAUCUGACAAUGAACUCUACUGCGAAAAUCAUUUUCUAACCAACUUCGUUCGUUUGCCUUCUGGGUCAUAUUCUGUUCGGCUGCCGCAAAUCGAAAGCAGGGGUGUCUCAUCACUUGGUGGUUCAUAUCAGCGUGCAUUACAACGUCUAAUGUCUUUGGAAAGAAAGUUUCGUCGGAGUCCAGAAAUAAAGGCUCAAUAUACAACUUUUAUGCGUGAGUAUGCCACAUUAAGCCAUAUGUCGUUAAUCUCGCCACAGGUACCCGAAUCGAAGUACUACUUGCCACACCACUGUGUCCACAAGUUGGACAGCACAUCGACCAAACUUAGAGUGGUUUUUGAUGGAUCGGCAAAAACCGCAACUGGGCUAUCAUUAAACGAUAUUUUGCAUUCCGGCCCUACCAUACAACCAAAGCUGUUCAAUACCUUGGUGAGGUACAGGUUCUUUAAGGUGGCCCUUAGUGGAGACAUUUGUAAAAUGUACAGGUGCGUUCGAGUGUCACACCCUGACGAUUACCUCCAAUGCAUUCUGUGGCGAGAGAACGAGGCGGAUGAUAUCAAAACCUAUAAACUGAACACAGUCACCUAUGGUACAAAACCCGCUGCAUUCCUGGCUAUCCGUGCAAUGCAUCAACUUGCAAUCGAUGAAGAAGAGAACUUUCCACUGGGUUCCAAAGUGGUUCGACGUGACUUCUACGUAGAUGACAUGCUUUCUGGUGGCAAUACCAUAGCAGAGGUCGAAGAGAUAAGGCAUCAAGUAACAGCUUUGCUUAAAAAGGGCGAAUUCUUGAUUCGCAAGUGGUGCUCCAAUGAUCCAGAUGCCCUACGGGAUGUUCCUGCAGAAGACUGUGAAACAUUGUUAAAAUUUCAUGACGGUACAGAUGUCACCAAAACUCUUGGGCUCACUUGGGAUCCCCAGAGUGAUAAUUUCAUUUUCUCUUUUACCCCCAUUGAUGACUGGAAGGUGGUGACAAAGCGGUCCAUUUUAUCUUCGAUUGCCCGCCUUUACGAUCCAUUGGGUUUGAUUGGUCCAGUCAUUACAAAGGCAAAAAUGUUUAUGCAGCAUCUGUGGAAACUCAAUCUUCAAUGGGAUGAAAGCUUGCCUCAAUCACUACAUUCAUUGUGGAUUGAAUAUAUUUCGAAAUUCGAUCUGAUGCACCGUUUCACAUUUCCACGGCAUGUUUCAAUGGCGUCGGCAUCAUUGCAGAUUCAUGGUUUCUGCGAUGCCAGCUUGACUGCUUACGGCGCAUGUGUCUAUGUGAGGUCCCAAUUCAACAGCGUCAUUAAAUCUGAACUUCUGUGCUCUAAAUCGAGAGUUGCCCCAUUGAAGACGCUCACUGUACCAAAACUCGAACUUUCAGCUGCAUGCCUUCUAGCUGAGCUGAUUGAUACUGUGGUGAAAUCUCUAGAUUUUCACUGUGAAAUCCAUUGUUGGUCCGAUUCGAUGGUGGUGUUGUCCUGGCUUCGAGAGCUGCCAUCCAACUUCAACGUUUUCGUUGCCAAUCGAAUUUCUCGAAUUCAGUCAUAUGGGACUCGAAUUACCUGGCACUACGUUCCAACAAAACUCAAUCCAGCAGACAUCUUGUCGAGAGGUGCGACACCUGGGGAGCUACUCCAUUCAUCACUGUGGAAAGGUGGUCCAAACUUCCUGCUGAAUGAAGCAUCAAACUGGCCUGAUACUGCAAGUUAUGUGGAUGACUUACCUGAGCGUAGAAGACAUGUAUUGUUGACGACCUCUCUUACUGAUUUGUCGAUACAGUGUAAGUAUCGCAAUUCUUUUUUGAAAAUGCAACGAAUUUUUGCGUAUGUUUCUAAAUUUGUAUAUUCCAAAUUGAGUGCCCAUACCGAAGUAUUAACCCCUGACGACAUUAGAGCUGGUACUCGCCUCCUGGUUAAAAACAUUCAGCUUGUACAUUUUUCUGAGGAAUACAAGGCGUUGAAAUCAGAUAAGGAAAUUGCAUCGUCUAGCAAGUUGUAUUCGUUGGCACCUAUUAUUGAUGAGUUUGGGUUAAUUCGAGUUGGUGGGCGUCUCCAAAACUCAACCCUGGACUUUGAUGCUCGUCACCCCAUUAUUCUGCCCAAAAAGCAUCCGUUUACUGCAUCAAUGGUGAUGCAUUUUCAUCACAAGCUACUUCAUGCCGGAGCUCAGUGUUUGCUGGCUGCAAUUCGACAGCAAUUUUGGCCAAUUGGAGGACGAAAGCUGAUAGCUUCCAUUAUUUCGAAGUGUGUCCGAUGUUUUAGAAUGAAGCCGAAAUUGCUCCAAAACGUCAUGGGAAAUUUGCCUUCAGACCGAGUAAGGCCAAAUAGAGCCUUUCAUACAACUGGAAUCGAUUUUUGUGGGCCAUUCUUUUACAAGUCGGAGGUGAAGAGCCGCCCUCCUGUGAAAUGCUAUAUUUGCAUAUUUAUUUGCUUUUCAACAAAGGCAACCCAUCUCGAGGUUGUCCAGGAUUUAUCAACACCUUCAUUUUUGUGCUCGCUUCGACGCUUCGUUGCCACGAGAGGCAAACCCAAAACGAUUUGGUCAGACAAUGCAUCAAAUUUUGUGGGCGCAAAAAAUGAGUUGGAUGAAUUAAAGCAGAUGUUUUCGAGGCAAUCACAUCUAAAUGCCAUUCAUGAUCAAUGUCUUGAUGAUGGCAUUGAUUGGAAAUUUAUUCCACCCAGAUCCCCACAUUUUGGUGGCCUCUGGGAAGCGGCUGUAAAGUCUGCUAAAUUCCAUUUUUAUCGAGCAGUUGGCCUAAACAAACUUACUUUCGACGAGCUACGCACACUAGUCUGCCAAAUUUCUGCAAUCUUAAACUCUCGUCCAUUGUGCCCGCUCUCCGAGGACCCUGAGGACCUAGAUGUAUUGACGCCUGGCCAUUUUUUAGUGGGUGGUCCACUUAUUUCAAUACCCGAGCCGAAUAUGUCAUGGAUAAAUUUCGGUCGUCUCAACAGUUGGCAAAGGGUAUCGGAAUUGCAACAGAUUUUUUGGAGAAAGUGGAGUACGUCCUACCUAACGCUGCUACAAGAGAGAUCCAAAUGGCAGGCUCAAAGUGACAAUAUAUCUGUUGGUGCCAUGGUCGUAAUAAAAGAUGAAAAUUUGCCCCCACUAAAGUGGCAAAUGGGACGAGUGGAGGAAACUAUAAAGGGCGAAGACGGAAUAGUUCGAGUGGUGAAUGUUCGAACAAGUAGCGGAAUCUUUAAGCGAGCCAUAACCAAACUAGCCGUACUGCCGAUAAGUGAAUCAGUUGAAGCCCCAAGACCUUCAACGGGGGGAGGAUGUUAA